AUGGACUUCGCUGUCCCGUCGCUCGUUGGUACUUCCGACGACAGCUCAUGUAACGACUCCACGGGUCUAUUGACGCCGGACAGCAGUCCUCUGAUCCGCCCCUCGCACCCCAAGGACUCGUUUGAGACGCGUCUCGCUCAUGCUUUGGAAGAGCCCAAGAGACGCAGAAUAGAUCCGCCCUCAUUUCGCGCCGAGAGCCCUUUCGUCCCCUCGUUUGCGGAUCUAUUCGCGCCGGUUCCCAGUGAUGUGAGGAAGGUCUGCGUGAUUGGCGCAGGUUAUGUUGGUGGUCCUACAGCGGCAGUCAUAGCCCUGCACAACCCGAAGGUUGGGGUCGAGGUUUUGGACAGGGACCAGCGGCGCAUUGAACGCUGGAACUCCGCCCACCUACCCAUCCAUGAGCCGGGGUUGAACAAGAUUGUGCGGUUGACAAGAGAUGGUGCAAUCAUAAAGCAACCGGGCGAACGCAGUUCUACCCCCCAAGGACACAAUGGCGAGUCUGACCACGUCUCCAGACGCGGGCCGAACCUCUUCUUCACGUGCGAUACUCAAGUCAGCAUUUCAACCGCGGACAUGGUUUUCCUCGCAGUCAACACACCGACAAAGACCACGGGGGUCGGUGCAGGGAGAGCCACCAAUAUGGCUGCUCUUGAUGGCGCCGUCAAGGAUGUGGCAAUGUAUGCGAAGCCUGGGACUAUUAUUGUCGAGAAGAGCACGGUGCCCUGUGGGACCGCUCAACGCAUCAGGAACACGCUCAACGCAUUGCGACCAGGUGAACCAUUUGAGGUUCUCUCAAAUCCGGAGUUUUUGUCUGAAGGAACGGCAGUGAAGAAUCUCAUGAAGCCGGAUCGGGUUAUUAUCGGCUCUUCGGGCACUCCUUCUGGUAAACUUGCAGCGGAUGCUCUCGCCAGUCUAUAUGCCGCAUGGAUCCCUCCGACCCAGAUUCUGCAGAUAAACGCGUGGUCAUCAGAGCUUUCGAAGCUGGUGGCCAAUGCGAUGCUGGCACAACGAAUCAGCAGCAUCAACUCGAUCAGCGCCAUUUGUGAGGCCACGGGCGCAAACGUCGAGGAAGUGGCCCGAUCAAUCGGCCUGGAUACUCGGAUAGGGCCACAAUUCUUGAAGGCUGGUCUUGGAUUUGGAGGCUCCUGCUUCAGGAAAGACAUUGCGAGUCUCACGUACCUCGCAGAAUCCUUGGGAUUGGAAGAGGUGGCUCAUUACUGGCAACUGGUCAAUUCCAUCAACGUCAUGCAACGCAAUCGCUUCGCGAGAAAAGUACUCAGGAGAUUCAACGAAAAUUUGUGCGGCAAGAAAAUCACUCUUAUGGGCUUUGCAUUCAAGAAGAACACCAGCGAUGCACGCGAGUCUCCCGCUGUGGACGUGAUCAGAACUCUGUUGGACGAACAACCUGCCGAAAUCGCGAUUUUUGACCCCUACUGUGACGAAGACGACAUGCUCCGGGAGAUCACUGCAGCCGUCAGCAAUCCACUCGGGUUUGAAAUCGAAGUCUCGCUCGUGAAGAUCUACACCGAUCCAUAUGAGGCUUGUAUGGAAUCGAACGCCAUACUGAUCAUCACAGACUGCGACCAAUUCAAAACUUCUCCUCAGAGGACUCGCGGCAGCAAUGCGUCGGAAACGAGUUCACCCGCUAAUACAGCUACCACUGUAUCGAACUCACCGAAACAAGAAGAGAACGACUACCUGGGCGCCAAUUUCGCAAACUACAGGCUCGCUCCUCAGCCAGACUGUGUCGACAACUGUCCCGACUGCAGGUCGAAAGCCAGAGGACCUAUUUCAACCGACCCAGUCGAAUGGGCUCGCAUAGUGUACAGCAUGAGAGAGCCUAAAUGGGUCUUUGACGGCAGAGGAAUUGUCGAUGCAGAUGAAAUCGAGAAGCUCGGAGGUGUCCGCGUGGAUGGCAUUGGGAAGUGGCGCCCCGAGGACGGACAGAAGCGCUGCUGGUGA